GAAGCCAGUACUGAUCUGCACCUCGGCACACACAGCUUCGUCCUCGCUCACUCCUUCCCACUUCUCUCAUUGCCGGCAGCCUGUGAAUACACCAGUUCUUCUGGAACUAUUGUUUCUUUAUCUGGGAAAUGUUACGUCAAGUUCUGUAUAUACACAGCGUAGAAUGAUUUCUAUAUUUCGAUUGUGGACAUCUGUUUAAAAGGUCGUCUCUUAAAAUUUUUAGUUUGGUGGAUUCCGUGGGUGUAAACCUGGAGUUUACCUGGAGAGAGUUUCGGGGGUCAACGCCCCCGCGGCCCGGUCUGUGACCAGGCCUCGUGUAGAUAGAUUAAACGUGUGAUCUAUGAGAAUAAAUGAAUGUAAGAAGUGGUGAGUACUGAAGUCUAGGAGAGGCAUUCCAUAAUGAGUCCUGAAGCAGUGCCAGCCAGGAAAACCCCUGACCUACGUUCCCCAGUGCCAGUGCCAGCCUCGACGGACUCGGGGAGUGAGAGUCACAGUGUGGUGAGUUUGACAGACGGUGAGGGAGGUCUGCCAGACACCAAUGGUUACCACGACGACCAGACUACACUCUACUGCCCCUCACAUCAAGGUCAAACACUGCGUUUUUACUGUCGCGACUGUGAGACAGCAGUGUGCAGCAGCUGCACAGACAUAGAGCACCGUGCCCAUAAUACCCUGCACCUCACAGAUGCUGUGGAUGAACAUCGGGUGGCUAUGCAUCAGCUCAUCGACAGAGUAACCAUGCAGCUACCAUGCAUGAAGGAAGCCAUAUGUGACAUCCAGGAUGUUUGCCGUAGCCUUCAGGAGAGGAGAGCAGAGGCAGAAAAGGAGGUUCGAAAUUGCUUCGACACCCUCCACGAAUUGCUUGACAAGAGACAAACAGCUCUCAUCAACUCCCUCAACACCAUUGAAUCUGGAAAGCAAAUGACAUUAGGUGAUCAGUUGGAAGAACUGGAAUCGUGGGUAAGAGGUGUAGAAAGUGGCUGUGAGUUUGUAGAGAAGGCUCUGACUCGCUGUCCAGCCAUGGAGGUGGUGCUGGUGAGGAAGCAGCUAGGAGAACGCUUGAUGGAUUACGCUAACAUGAAUGUGCCUCCGGCCCCUCGUGAAAACAGCCACCUCAAGUUUGUGGUCGGCAACAUAGAUCCCCUGAAAACAGCCUUCAUGCAUGUUGGCAGCAUCCAGAGCAACAGUGCUGUGCCUCACCAGACCAGUGCCACAGGCGAGGCUCUCCGCCAGGUGACUGUAAGUCGUGGGUCCAUUGUAACUGUAGUAACUAGAGACCAUAAGGGAGAAAAAGCAACUUGUGGUGGUGCUGAGGUCACUGCUGCUAUGUCAAGAACAAGUACAAUAGUGCCGCGCCACGGCUCAAGCUCUCCACGUGCCUCCUUAUCCCCACGCGCUUCCAGCAAAAGUCCCUCUUCAUCUAGAGAGGAACUGUGCCAACCUCAAGUACUAGAUCUGAAUAAUGGAACAUAUGAAGUGGCCUUUACAGUACAUACAGAAGGAAUCUACUCAUUAGAAGUACUGCUUUAUGGGCAGCCAAUCAAUGGUAGUCCUUUCACAAUCACCGCUACAGCUGCAUUAGAUGAAGAUAGCGGCAGCAGCCAACGCUCAGUUCCUCCUCACACUUUGGCUAGGCAGACAUCACACUCUACACAGGUUACGUCAAGAUCACGAACAUCUCGAAGGCCUCUGUCACUCCGUUCAUCGUGCUCCCGCAGGACUAACCCCAUUGAAGAUGACAUGCUUUUGAGAGUCGGGCGAAGAGGACGUAAUCGCGGAGAAUUUGUUAAUCCCCAGGGUAUUGCAUUUAGUAACUUCAAAGAUGGUCGCAUUGCAGUAGCAGAUUCUAACAAUCAGUGCGUCCAAGUAUUUACCCUCACUGGAGAGUGUAAGCUGAGGUUCGGCGUGCGAGGUCGUGGUAUUGGUCAGAUGCAGAGGCCGACGGGAGUGGCUGCUUUACCGAAUGGCAACUACGUUGUGGCUGACUAUGAAAACAAAUGGGUAUCUAUAUUUGAACCUUCCGGAAAAUACAUCAGUCGAAUUGGUCAUGGAAAACUGAUAGGACCCAAAGGUGUUUGUGUUGAUAACAAUGGUCAUAUCAUCGUUGUGGACAACAAAGCAUCGUGUGUGUGCAUUUUUCAACAGUCUGGGAAACUUCUUACCAAGUUUGGUAACAGAGGAACUGAUGAGUUUCAGUUUGCUGGUCCUCACUUUGCAGCAGUCAACAGCAGAGGACAUAUUGCUAUCACAGACUUCCACAAUCACUGUGUUAAGGUAUUUGAUAGUGAUGGAGACUUCUUAUUUACAUUUGGUACGAGUGGAGAGGGAAACGGACAGUUUAAUGCCCCUACUGGCAUUGCAGUCGACUCAAAUGACAAUAUUAUAGUUGCAGACUGGGGAAACUCCAGAAUUCAGGUGUUUGACUCUCAGGGGUCCUUCCUGUCAUAUGUGAACACCCUCGCAGAUCCCUUGUACGGCCCCCAGGGGAUGACCCUCACUCCUGAUGGCCAGAUCUUCGUUGCAGACUCAGGCAACCAUUGCUUCAAAGUGUACAAGUACCUCCAGUGAACGUGUUCCUAAGCCUCCAAAGUAUGCCUAACCACACUGUGUAUGUGCAAUUUAGAUUUUGAAUGGAGUACAGUAAUUACUAUGUAUGUAACUGAAAAGUAAGUAUGAUCUUUCUACUUUGAAAGAGAAAAUGUAUCAUUAUUAAAUGUGGACUAGAAGAUAUGGAAGGUAAUUUAGUUUAGAGACUCUGAAAUGUGUUCUCGACUUUAACCCACAUUUAUGCAAGAAUUACAUGAUGCAUUCCAGUUAAUACAAUAGCAAUUAUUUUUGUAUUUUACCUCAAGUUUGUAAGCAUGUAUAAAUCUCAACAGAAGUUAUUACUAACACAUGAAAGGUAAAGUAUGAAUGGAGUGAUUAUAUAUAGAGUUGAAAAAAUCAUACAAACUGCAGCUGUUACAGCGUAAGCAGUUAUCAACAUUGUUAUUAAUGCAACAGAUGUUGGUAAAAUAUGUGAGGUGACCAGCACAAGACCUUCACGUUUACCUUUAUAAUGGCUGUGGUGCUAAAGUUCCAGCAUGUUAUAGUUUUGAGAAGUUUCAAAGAUGCAUUAAUGCUUCACUGACAUUACGGUGCACACGCAAGGCGAGAAAUCACUUGUGCCAAAUGAAACGAACGGUAAAAAAGAUUUGGAUAUUUCUCCCUACAGAGGCCCGCUCAUCCACCAAAGACAGGAAAAAAUAUUUAAAUCUCUUCUUACCCAUUGUUCCAAGUGGUUUCUCAAGUUUUCAUGAAUCGAGUGUAUACACAAAAAUUUCAAUAACAGCAUUAUACCACUACAGCUCUUGUAGACUGCAAGCGUGGCUCCACACACAAGCUAUUGUUAAAAGAUGUCUGCACUGUGUUGAAGGUUCUCAGCAUUGUGUUACCUGGUACAUCUUAGUUAUAAUGUUACAGUUUUUUCAACCUUAACAUUCUUUAGUUAUCUUUUAGCUUCAUAACAUAAAGCUGCCAAAAUUAGUUAUAUCCACAUCAUUGCUUUAUCUUGCAUUUAUAAGAUCUAUUUUUUCACUUUUAUUUCGCAGUUGUGAUACUGAUGUAAAAUUUCUUAGUUAUUAUGGUAAAAAAUCUCAUAUUGUAAUCUCAUAGUGUAAAAGUUAUAAAAGCGUAAAUAUCUCGUAUUUACAUUCAUAGAUAUGACUAUAUUAUAUAAAAGUAUAAACAAAUUAUUUUUAAGAUAACCUGAUACGAUCACUUCAUAAUCAAAUUAUAUUAAAUACUAUAUACUUUUUCUGGGAUCAGGUUGAUUAAAAAACAAUAUUAAAACAGGAAUAUAGUUCGUAAUAUUAUCUGUGUUUAGGUAAAAGGUCACAAGUGCAUCUAAUGUGACAUUUUUAUUGUCGCUAAUGUUAGUUACAUUAUUGUCACUAAUGUUAGUUACGUUAUUGUCACUAAUGUUAGUUAUGUUAUUGUCACUAAUGUUAGUUACGUUAUUGUCACUAAUGUUAGUUACGUUAUUGUCACUAAUGUUAGUUACAUGUAUGUCCUUACCUAACAUUGUCAGUAAUUCUACCAACAUUAUCACAAGAUUAGCUAUAGUCUCAAUAUAACAAACUCCCAGCAAACAAGCAGUGUAGGGAGAAUUACCUUUAAAAUAUAUUAAAAUAAUCAUAACCUUGGUUAUCUUGUUAUGGCUGUUAUCAGUGGUAAACUUCAGUGGUAGUUGCUUCUUGUGAUCUCCCUCAGUCUGCUUCUUAGAAUAAGAUAUGUAUGAAUACUAGUCUGAAAUGUAUAAUUUGUAUAUACGAUUGGUUAUUGCAACACAUUCUCAUAAAGACAUUAUAUAUGCAUUUACGUAUUACACAUUAUAAUUCGUUUGCUUGUUAAGUAAAAUCUGUGUUGCAGAAAAAAUCACAAUUAAAAAGUUCCUGAGAGAAAAGUUUUAUUAACCUUGUAAGUAAAAUUAGGUCGACCAACUGGUCUUGCAUGGUUAAUCAAGAUGAGGUGUGUUCGGAUUUUUAACCCGGAGAGUUAGCCACCCUGAAUAACCCAAGAAAGUCAGUGCGUCGAGGACUGUUAUUUCCAUUGAGGUCCUCCAGUCUUGUUUCCCAGGAUGCCACCCAUACCAGUCCACAAAUACCCAGGUACCUACUUACUGCUAGGUACUACUAGGUAAGCAGCUGCUACCUACUUAUUGCUAGGUAAGUAGGUACCUGGGACAACAGGCAUCACGAAACGUGCUCAGUGUUUCCACUCUUCCCGGAGAUCGAACCACGGACACUCAGCGUGUGAGGAGAGAGAGCAUUACCUACCAGACCAUGGGACACCAGUCAGACCAUCACUAUGGUAAGGUCAUUAAAGAAAGGACUUGACCUUUUCUCUCAUUUAUGUUUUUCUUCGUUUUUCACACUAACAUACCCUGACAAUGGUAAGUUUCCCUCACAUUAACCUUUCAGCAUCUGAGCUGUGAUGUCGUCACACCUCCGGCAAGACAGUGAUGGAGUGAGUGAUGAUGAAAGUGUUUCUUUUUCAGGUCUCCCGG